CUCAACUUGCAUUCCUAGAUAUAGAAAGUUCCAAUUUUGUGUGAGCCAUGAGUUCUGCAAAAGGUCUCAACACUCUUACACAGAUCAAAACCACCAUCAACGAUGGUCUAAGAUUGAAGGAAGAAGAUCAACCUUUGAGCCCUAUGUCAAGAUUGUUCCAUGAACCUGGUUCCAAUGUCUACAUAAUAACCAUGAUGGGGUGCAAGACCAAGAUCAACCCUGCUGUCGUCAAACAAAAUCUUGUUCAUUCUCUCCUUCGACAUCCUAGGUUCUCAAGCCUGCAGGUCGUCGACAAAGAGACCGGAAGCUUCAUAUGGGUUCCAACAAACGUGAACAUUGACAACCAUGUUAUAGUCCCAAAAAUAGAACCGAAUAUUGCAUUCCCAGACAAAUUUGUCGAUGACUACAUCUCAAACCUUAGCAAAUCUCCCAUCGAGAGUUCAAAGCCUUUAUGGGAUCUCCACCUUCUUGACAUCAAGACAACCAACGAUGAAGGGACCGGUGUUUUUCGCUUCCAUCAUUCCUUAGGCGAUGGUUUGUCUUUGAUGACACUUUUUCUUGCUUGUACACGAAAAUCAUCGGAUCCUGAUGCUUUGCCAACGCUUCCUGUCUACAAAGAAUCUAGUUACAUCAAAUUUUCUACUGUCCGGUCGGUGCUAGAAAUGUUUUGGAACUCCUUUGUUUCCGUUGUGCUGUUUGUGUUCACCGUGUUUUUCCUUAAAGACACUGAAACACCACUGAAAGGCCCUUUAGGCGUAGAGAAUAGACCUAGACGUUUUGUUCGCAAGAGCGUGAACUUAUCUGACAUUAAGGUGGUGAAGAAGGUCAUGGAUGUGACAUUGAAUGAUGUAGUGCUUGGAGUUACUCAAGCAGGUUUAUCACGCUAUCUGAAUCGUAGAUACAGUGAAAACAUGAAUCUUAGUGGAUCAGAUCAUCCUAAGAAAAACGACUUCAUUCCAAAAAACAUUCGCCUUCGUGCCACGUUCUUUUUUAACCUAAGACCAACCACUCGGAUCGAUACUUUUGUCGAAACAAUGAGAACGGGGAAGAUGGGUAGAUGGGGAAACCAGAUCGGUUAUGUGCUCCUCCCAUUUGCAAUCGGACUAAAAACAGACCCCUUGGAUUAUGUAAAAGAAGCUAAGGCAGUCAUCGAUCGAAAGAAAGCCUCUUUAGAGCCUUUAUACACUUAUUUUGUUGUUUAUUUGGUCCUCAAGUUAUUUGGCAUCAAGGCGGUAGGGAAACUAAACCAUAAGGUUUUCUUUAAUACAACCUUGUGGUUCACUAAUGUGCCCGGACCACAAGAAGAAGUCACGUUUUAUGGGCAUGAAAUCACUUACAUCGCUCCUAGUUGUUAUGGACAACCUAAUGCAUUGAUGAUUCAUAUACUAAGUUAUAUGGAUAAAUUGACAUUUAUCAUAUCAGCAGACGAAGAAACCAUACCAGACCCUGAAAGGCUAUGUGACGACCUUGAGGAAUCCCUUUACCUCAUCAAGACUUCCGCUUUGGUAUCAGAGAAUGCCAAGAACAAGUAG